GAAAAAUGACCUGGCAACGCUGAUUGAUACAGUCCAAUUUGUGCUGUUGAGUAUAAAGUUAAUGAUAAAUCAUUCAAUUUUCAUUUUAUUAAAGGAAAAUGGCAUCGACUGUAGAAUCUGCUCGCGAGAAAGCAUUACAAGAAUACCGUAAAAAAUUAUUAGAGCAUAAGGAAGUGGAAUCCAGAUUAAAAGAAUUGAGAGAAUCAUUAAAAGAGUUAACGAAGCAAUUCGAUAAAUCGGAAAAUGAUUUGAAGGCUCUUCAAAGUGUUGGUCAAAUUGUAGGCGAGGUUUUGAAACAACUGACCGAAGAUAAAUUUAUUGUGAAAGCCACUAAUGGUCCUCGUUAUGUCGUAGGAUGUCGUCGACAAUUGGAUAAAACUAAACUAAAAUCUGGAACUCGUGUUGCAUUGGACAUGACAACUUUAACGAUAAUGAGAUAUCUACCACGUGAAGUAGAUCCUCUUGUUUAUAAUAUGUCUCAUGAAGAUCCAGGCGAGGUCACAUAUUCUGCAAUUGGUGGUUUAUCAGAACAAAUUCGAGAACUGCGAGAAGUAAUAGAACUUCCUUUACUUAAUCCUGAAUUAUUUUUACGUGUGGGCAUCACUCCGCCAAAAGGAUGCUUACUUUAUGGGCCACCCGGAACUGGGAAAACCCUUCUGGCACGAGCCGUGGCUUCACAAUUGGAUGCCAACUUUUUAAAAGUAGUAUCAUCUGCCAUCGUAGAUAAGUAUAUUGGAGAAUCUGCUCGUUUGAUACGAGAAAUGUUCAAUUACGCUCGAGAUCAUCAACCAUGCAUCAUUUUUAUGGACGAGAUUGAUGCUAUUGGUGGAAGACGUUUCUCUGAGGGUACUUCAGCUGAUCGAGAGAUCCAACGCACAUUAAUGGAACUACUUAAUCAAAUGGAUGGAUUUGACUCUCUCGGUCAGGUCAAGAUGAUUAUGGCCACUAACAGACCCGAUACAUUAGAUCCAGCUCUAUUGCGACCAGGUCGUUUAGAUAGAAAAAUAGAAAUUCCUCUACCCAAUGAACAAGCCAGAUUGGAGAUUUUGAAAAUUCAUGCUGCACCGAUAGCAAAACACGGGGACAUCGACUAUGAAGCUGUAGUCAAACUUUCUGAUAACUUCAACGGAGCUGAUUUGCGUAAUGUUUGCACAGAAGCUGGACUAUUCGCGAUACGGGCCGAACGGGAGUAUGUAAUUCAGGAGGAUUUCAUGAAAGCUGUUCGCAAGGUAGCCGAUAACAAACGCUUGGAGAGCAAGUUGGAUUACAAGCCAGUGUGAAUAACUUCUGCAGAAAUGAAAAUGUUUGAUUAUAUUUCUGCAAUACUAAUAAAAUUAUCUUAAUCAA